AUGUACUGGCCCCAUGGUGUUCCCCGGGUCUAUGCGGUCAAUGGGCCCGAUAUUACCUAUGUUUCUGAGGAUCGCGAUAUUCCACGCGCCUCCUCAAUUGAUGAAUCUGGAUCGUUAAAUACACCUGAAAAUGACGGGCAAUCUGAAAUCCAGCACGCGCAAACUGCCAACCAGCAUGAACCGCAAACCGACCCGUCCCCUGAUACGAGCAAACCCAAAUGGGAAGAUGAAGCCAUUAAGGAUGUUUGUGUCUCGCGCUCCGGACAAAUGUUUGCCACAAUGUCAGAAUCAUCGAUUGUUCUCUGGCAAACGAGGCCCACAGCAGUUGUAACAGCAAUCGCUCGAUCUUUGUUCUCCCUAAAGACAUACGGCCCCAAUGUAUCACUUCUUAUGCACCCAGACUCCACAAUACUGGUUGUCCAGACACAGAAUGGAUACCUCCUCACAUACUCAGUGGCAUCGGACCCCGGAACCCGAGUCUACGAGCAGCGGUUUGACCAUUCAACACAUCAUCGUCGGCAACAGCUGGCCAAAUUUGCGGCUGUGGAGGAGGCCAAUGUGGUUGACGACAUUACUAUCCGAUUUCGAAUGGCCAUUAAGAUCGAGUCGGGGAUUGUCAAGGCGUUGGCGCUGGAUCAGGAAUUGGUAGUUGCUACGGUGAAGCCACCAGCUAUCCAAUGUAUCCGAUGGACAGCCGACGCAGGCUCGACUCAGACCAAAUCUGAGCUUUUGAGUCGCAUUCUUGAGGUACCCAAGAAAGUAUCCAUCGUGGACAUGGUAUACAACCGAGCAAUGAACCUCCUCAUCUGGAUCACCAGCAGUGGACAGGUCUAUGCCGUGCAACGGGAUUCAGGGACACAUCAAGAUCCUGGAAUCGCCUCGAAGCUCUUCAACGGACAUUGUUUCCAUGAUCCGAAGACCGAGGGUGAAUAUGCAUUGAAGGUAGCAGUGAACGCACGGUUCUCCCUGUUAUCCGUGAGUUGCUCCAAUGGCGACGUUUUGGUAUACACGGCGAAAGAUUAUAUGGGAAACAUUCCUUUUUCACAUAAGCUUGAUUUGCCAGCCUCGCCGAUCACAACAGGUGCUUUGGCAUUCAUGAGCUACUCUCCAGAUGGAUAUUGCCUUUUUGCUGGUUUCGAAAAUGGCUGGACCACAUGGAGUGUUUUUGGGAAGCCUGGGGGGAACAGUUUCUCGGUGGACCCUGAACUCGCGACGACAAAUGAAGAAGAUUGGCUGAUUGGUGUUUCAAACGGUUGCUGGAUUGGUGGUGGUUCGGAUAUAAUUUUGACAGCACAGAACAACCGUCAUCUGUGGAUUUUGGAGACAGCACGUAGUGCUUUGACUGGGUGUUUCUCGUCUGCAAAUUUGGCCCGUGGACUGCUUCAGACCGGGACUGAGUUCAUUCUCUACCGCGGCCACGAUCUUCCAGAUCUCAUGACAAUUUCAGGGAAGGACUCUUUGUGGCAUCAUGCGCAAUAUCCACCGGCGUAUCUUCAUUCCCAAUGGCCAAUUCGAUCUUGCGUGGUUUCUCAAGAUGGGCGUUACGUCGCAAUCGCAGGCCGAAGAGGUCUUGCGCACUAUAGUGUCAACAGUGGCCGAUGGAAAGUCUUUGAAGACUCCAAGGCUGAAAACUCGUUUGCUGUGCGAGGAGGCAUGUGUUGGUACGGCCACAUCCUAAUUGCAGCUGUAGAGAGCGACGGGUCAUACGAGGUUCGCCUCUAUUCGCGCGAAGCUUCCCUUGGAAACAGCAAUUCCGUCAUGUUCACCGAGUACCUUCCUGCGCCAGUGGUGUUUAUUGGGCCCUCCGGAGAGGAUUCUCUUCUGGUUUAUACUUACGAUAAUAUUUUGUACCACUACAUCAUCAACUCUACGCAGCCUCAGAUCACCUUGGUUCCCGUUGGACAGAUUGCUUUUAAUGGGAUUGUCCGGGCACCGACUCGUGUUCGAUCAAUCAGUUGGGUGUUGCCAGAAGAGCAAAUGCGAAAUGGAGAACCGUCUCAAGAUGUCAAAGUCGCAUCCGUAAUUCUCCUCGUUGACGGAAAUUUAGUUCUUCUGCAGCCCACGGUUUCAGAAACAGGCGAUCUGAAAUAUGACAUGCGUGUCAUCUCUCAUGAUGUGGAAUAUUACAUCUUGAUGCGAGACCAGCUGUCUUUCAACUUCUCACCACAGGUUGAUGACACCCUCCCAGCUAGCCCUUCAGCUGAUAUGGCAUUGGCGCCCCCGCAUAGCAGUCUUUCUCUGAGCGACUCUUUGUGGAUGUUCCGAGGCCAAGACCUGCUUGCCUGGAACGACGUUCAAGAUGUCUUAAGAGAGGAGACGGUGCCGGCACCGCUCAAUAUUCCUCUGGACUUCUACCCAUUGUCUGUUUUAUUAAACAAGGGCAUCGCCCUCGGCGUUGAAUCAGAAAUGAUGCAGCGCCGGGAUGUUACAUUCACCGUUCUGAAAUUCGCCAUUCGAACACACCUGUUCCUCCCCUACUUCCUCCAAUAUGGCUUAACUCACAUCGGAACGGCCGAGGCGCUCGCUCUCUGUCGCCACUUUUCCCACCUAUCCUAUUUUGCCCAUGGCCUAGAGAUUCUGCUACACCACGUCUUAGACGACGAGGUAGAUAACGAGAGCCGAGCCAACAAGACGGAGAAUCCCCAAGAUCGAGCACAACCACUCCUCCCAAUCGUUAUCAAUUUCCUCCAAGCCUCACUCCCCGCCAGAGAGUAUCUAGACAUCGUUGUGCAAUGCACACGGAAAACAGAACUCCGGUCAUGGCGCACACUAUUCAGCUACCUUCCCCCACCCAAAGAUCUCUUCGAACAAGCCCUGAAACUCGACGCACUGAAAACAGCAGUCGGAUACCUCCUCGUGCUCCAAGCCUUCGAAGACGAAGGAGAAGAACACGACGGUCGAAUUGAAGAAUACGUCGUCCGUUUGAUAGCCCUCGCAUCCCAAAAAGGUGACUGGGAGCUAUGUGCUGAACUUGCCCGUUUCCUCAUCGCCCUAGAUGCUUCAGGUGAGAUGUUGAAGCGGGCAAUUGCGAAGGUGGGACUGCGUUCGAACCCAACAUCUUCCAAUGGUCCCCUUAAUACGUCGACUGGUCGAUUUGGUGCUGCGGGAGUCCAGGGGUUGGGGCUGAAUCUCCCCGUUAGGACUGCUUCGUGGUCGUCCCUUUCUCCGACGUCCUCUAUCUCGCCUCGUCAGACUAUACGGGAGGGUGAGGUGGAUGAUAAUCCUUACUCCGCAGACUUAGAUUAUUGA